CGAAGGAACCCUGCCACGUGACACCCAUAUUCACCCACACCAGCACACGUCGAGAUCGCAAAACUGACCUGUCAAAUCCUUCACACCACCUCCUUCACACUCAUUUCAUACCAACCAACGCCCACCAACGCCUUCCAAAGAUGGGGAGCCGAAGUCAAGUCAACGAUCUCAUCGACCGAAUGUCCCGCAUCCAGUCCGAACAGUCCGACUUAAAGUGCCGGUACGAGGACCAUCGAAUAGAACGCGACCGUCUCCAGCUAGAGGUCGCUGAGAAGAACCGCCUUUUGAACCACCACAAGGAGUCUCUGUGCGCUCUUCAAGAAGCAUUGUGCCAGUCCCAAUUCAAGAUCAUUGAUUUGCAAGGCCAAAUCAAGGAAGUUCGAAGCCAGGAGGAACGAGAAGAUGCUAGCCGAGCGCUGUUUGAGGAGAAGCCCGAUGAGGGUGCCGAAACGAAACGCCGAAAAGUAAGCGGGCGUCACUCGAGCGCCAAAUGAUGGCCGAAGGGGGGUUGCGAGAUUCGAGAACCCGGUCCGAAAUCCGAUCCGCGACUGCGAUACAUGCCAAGGCGACGACGUCUUUGUCAAUUACCAGUACCCCUUCUCUUCAAGUCAAGCGGACCGCACGGUGCCCAUGAUACGACGUUAGGUGGAAAGUGAUGGGAGGCUUAUGGACGUUGGCGACAGAACUGGCCAUUUGGCAAUGUUCAUUUGUGGUGGCAGGAUCUAAUCAGGACGACAAGAAGCUGGCUGUGGGAUGGAAACACAAAUCAAUCCGGGAUUCUCUCC